UCCCACAGCACCAGUUGCAGUUUGCCUAGAAGACCAUCGCACCAUUUUGAUGGGUAAACUCUGUAACUCAUGGCCAUCCAUGAAUCAGCAGCAAGGACACAAGAGCGCGAAGCUGGCUGCUAUAUACAUGAUCAUGCUACUUCUGUCUGUGAAUGCCAGAGCUGCCCAGAGCAGAGGCUUGAGCCAUCAGAUCGACAACAGAAAUUCAGAAAUUGACCCUUUCUGGUAUGUGGAUCGUGGAGUGCGACCAAUAGGCCGGUUUGGGAAAAGACAGGUGAAAAGCAACAGGAGCCCGAGACCGGCUGUGAAUAAUCUGGAGUGGAUUCUGAGUGCCUUGAGAGAAGAGGAUGCAUUCAACUCUGACCAGCAGCAAGGGGGGGAAGACACUUACUGACACGCUCGGCAUCUGAAAGGCAAAGGCAGGAUUCCUUCCCUACCUCACUCUUUGUAUCUGUCUACUUGACAAUGUGCUUCUCAACUUGGUCUUUGUAACAUCAAAAAACAGA